GCGCGGCGCGGGGGGCGGGACUCCUAGGGUUGCGCGGUGCACAGCCCGGGCGCGCGGGGCUGGCGGGCGCGCGGGGGCGGCGGGCGCGGCGCUGCCAAUCGCAGACAAAAGGCCGCCCCAGUGAAUCAUGUGGUGCCGGGGGAGGAAGUGCGGCUUAUUUUCUUUCCUCCAGUCGCCGGGCUCUGGGUGGAGCGCGAUGCUCGGAGACCCCCGCGGGGGCGGCGGCGGCCGCGAGCCCCGAUGAAGCCCGAGCGCCCCGGCCGUGCCGUAGCGCCCCCGGCCCGAUGGAGGCCCCGCCGUGGGACCCCCUACGCAACGACUCGCUGCCGCCCACGCUGACCCCGGCCGUACCCCCCUACGUGAAGCUCGGCCUCACUAUCGUCUACACCGUGUUCUAUUCGCUGCUCUUCUUGUUCAUCUACGUGCAGCUCUGGCUGGUGCUGCGCUACCGCCACAAGCGGCUCAGCUACCAGAGCGUCUUCCUCUUCCUCUGCCUCUUCUGGGCCUCCCUGCGGACGGUUCUCUUCUCCUUCUACUUCAAAGACUUCGUGGCGGCCAAUGCGCUCAGCCCCUUCGUCUUCUGGCUGCUCUACUGCUUCCCCGUGUGCCUCCAGUUCUUCACCCUCACGCUGAUGAACUUGUAUUUCACGCAGGUGAUUUUUAAAGCCAAGUCAAAAUAUUCUCCAGAAUUACUCAAAUACCGGUUACCCCUCUACCUGGCCUCACUCUUCAUCAGCCUCGUUUUCCUGCUGGUGAAUUUAACCUGUGCAGUGCUGGUGAAGACGGGCACCUGGGAGAGGAAAGGGAUCGUCUCCGUGCGUGUGGCCAUCAACGACUCGCUCUUCGUGCUGUGUGCCGUCUCCCUGUCCAUCUGUCUCUACAAAAUCUCCAAGAUGUCCUUAGCCAACAUUUACUUGGAGUCUAAGGGCUCCUCCGUGUGUCAGGUGACUGCCGUCGGUGUGACCGUCAUCCUGCUCUACGCCUCCCGAGCCUGCUACAACCUGUUCAUCCUGUCGUUCUCUCAGAGCAAGAAUGUCCAUUCCUUUGAUUACGACUGGUACAAUGUGUCAGACCAGGCAGAUUUGAAGAAUCAGCUGGGAGAUGCCGGAUACAUAGUAUUCGGAGUGGUCCUCUUUGUGUGGGAACUCUUACCUACCACCUUAGUAGUCUACUUCUUUCGAGUUAGAAAUUCUGCGAAGGACCUUACCAACCCUGGAAUGGUCCCCAGCCAUGGAUUUGGUCCCAGAUCUUAUUUCUUUGACAACCCUCGAAGAUAUGACAGUGACGAUGACCUUGCCUGGAACAUUGCCCCUCAGGGACUUCAGGGAAGUUUCGCUCCAGACUGCUAUGAUUGGGGACAACAAACUAACAGCUUCCUGGCUCAAGUAGGAACUUUACAACCAGACUCAAUUUUGGAUCCUGACAAACCAAGCCAUGGGUAGCAUCAGUUAACAAGUUAUAUGGACGAUGCCUCAGUUGAAAAUCUUCAGAAAGACUAAUUUAAUGACAGCUGAAUUUUUAGGGCACGUUUCCUUAAGAAAUAGGACUCGAUUUUUCUUUGUUACAGGUUUCUGAUGGCUCCAUAGGACUAAGCAAUAAUUUAGAUUGAUAAAAACCUUAUUUUAGUACUAAAAAGUGAGCCUGGCUGCCUGUUUCAGUGAGUAUAAUUUAAACUUCAAAAAAAUUCUGUACUUUUAUAAAGAUGUAUUUUAUAUAACUUAAUAAUGCUAAAAUAUACUAGGAUUUUUUGAGAAUGUUACUGCAAUAUAUGUUGUAGUUUGCACAGACUUUUAUGCAUAAUUCACUUUAAAAGUAUACAGUACAUGGUCUGAUGGUUUUUUUUUUUUGUUUUUUGUUUUUUGUUUUAAAGGCUUUUGGACUAAAGCAUUCCUCAAAUCCUUACCUCUUCAGAUCGCUCAGAUUCUGGUAGACUCUAAGUACAGUUGACAGCUAGAAAGCCGAUUGCAGCGCCAGUGUUGAAAGUUACAAUGUAGCAGAAUGUCAGCGGACUACACAGUAGGUAAAUCGGCUCCUUAGAGUUGUGGAGGCACAGACGGUUGGUUCCUCAGAGAAUCUCCUAAAUUUUGCCAAAAUUUACUACUCCUUUAAACAGGGCACUAAUGUAUACCUUCAGUGAUAAGUUGAUGUUAAUAAAAACAUUGAUAGAAUUGACUUACACUAUUAAACUUCCUCUGCUGUAUUCAGA